UGUGUAUUGCUCAAUUACAUAUAAUUGGUGUGAAAUAACAGGACAUUUUAACCUAAUGUUAUGGUUUCCGAAACAAAACAUUCACUUAAGUGUUCAAAUUAUUUUUAAUGGACAGGAAACAGGCCUUUUACUUACAACAAAAAAUUUGAAACAUUUAAAUCCAAUGGAAGCCUCGUGUGUUUUUGUGAUUUUAAAAGAUUGUACAAAAUGAGUGAUAAAAAAAUGUCAACAAUAUUAAGUGUUAUAAUAAUUAAUAAAUUAUGACAUUUGUAAGAGGAUUAAUGACAAUUAAGUUGAUACAUGCAUAUAGGAUAUUUAAUGAAUGGAUUUAAUUGACUGAAUGGAAAUGAAAAAGAACAACAGUUUCCCGCGCCUGAUCAAGCAGCUAAUCGUUAAAACACCUAGGAAAAAAUCUGGAGACUCCACACCUUUAUCUGAGGGUAGUCAAGAAUCUAUGAAUCUUGUUGGAUCAGACAUGAGUAGUGAAUCUCCAGGGAAGUCUGGAAGUCCAUCCAAGAAUUCCUCAUCUAAUGAAUAUACAGAACAUCCUGUUGCCAGGUUCUCGUGUGGUGAUGGAAAAAAAUCAGCCCCUGACCUUCUCACCGUCACAAAAUCUGAGGAAAAUGAAUUUCUUAAAGAAAAGGUAGUUUUAAGGACCUCAUCAUUCAAAAGAAAUGAAAGAUCAUCAUCUGCUAGUCUAAGUGUAAGAUCUGGAAAUACAGAAACUAAUACGAGGUCUGAACGAUCUUCAUCUGCUAGUUUGGCCUCUGGUUCAAGGGCAAGUGAUAUAAUAGUAUCAAAAUCUGACAGGUCAUCUGGAACUUCAUCCCUAGGGUUAAAAGCUAAUGCAAGUAGUAAUCAGAGGUCAUCCAUAGUGAUAGAAAAAUCUUCUGAUUCGCCAGGAAGUAGAAGCAGUGUUGAGUUAAAUCACAGCCAUUCUAGGGAACACUCAUUUGAAAAAUCAUUAGAAAAUAUUAUUGACAAAUGUUCGGAAAAAUCUCUUGAUCUCAAUUUGACAGUUGAUUCAAAAACUGAUGUAAAAAGUGGGUUGAGUGAUCCUUCAAAGUCACUGGAUGAAGCAGCAAGCUCAACAUCAGCCAAGAAAUCGGAGAAGAAGAAAAAAGGUACUCCAUGGUAUUCAGCGAUGUUUAGUCCAACAUAUAAGUCAAGAAGUGAAGAUUUUAGGAAAUUUUUCAAAGAUCUUCCUAAUGAUGAGAGACUGAUAGUUGAUUAUUCCUGUGCUUUACAGAGAGACAUCUUAGUACAUGGUAGAAUGUAUAUUACACAGAACUGGAUCUGUUUUUACGCUAAUAUAUUUCGGUGGGAAACAGUUUUAACAAUCACAGCUAAAGAGAUAGCAGCUGUAACCAAGGAGAAGACAGCCAGAGUUAUACCAAACGCCAUACAGAUUACUACAAAUAAAGACAAAUACUUCUUCACAUCUUUCGGAGCUAGAGAUAAGACAUAUCUUAUGCUAUUUAGAAUUUGGCAAAAUGCAUUAUUAGAUCAGCCAAUGACUCCCCCUGAAAUGUGGCAGUGGGUCCAUAUGAGUUAUGGUGAAGAAUUGGGUCUUACAUCAAGUGAUGAUGAUUAUGUACCUCCUUAUAAUGGAUUGGAAGAACAAGAUGAAGAAGAAGAGGAAUGUGAAGAUAAAAUAGAGAAAGAAGUUAUAGAGGAUGUUGCACUUAUUCCUCCUGCAAAGGAGGAAGAUUCUUUGAUAGCUGAUAUGUAUCAUAAAGCUAUUGAUAAAGAAGAAGAUGAAGAAGUCCCAACAGAUGUUAGUGAUGAAACAGAAGAAAGUGAAGGGGAGAUAACUUGUACCUCUCUUCAUCAGCAUGUAGGAAAGGUCAGCCAUAAUGAUGUAUACCCAGUGUCUGUAGAUAAAAUGUUCCAGAUGAUAUUUACAGAUACAGCUUUUAUGACCAGUGUCCAUGAGGCAAGAAGAUCAUAUGAUAUAAACCUGCCUGCCUGGCAAGAAGAAGAAGGACAGAGAAUGAGAAUGGUGAGGUACAAAAUAUCCUUAAACUACUCAAUAGGACCAAAAUCUUCUCAGACUUCAGAAAAACAGACCUGUUUGAAGGAAUCUAAGCCUGGUUCCCUGUAUGUCAUUGACUGUGAAUGUAACAUGAAUGGUAUACCCUAUGGAGAUACAUUUAUGGUUGUGAAUAGAUAUUGUUUAACAAGGGUCUUAAAAAACAGAUCAAGAUUAAAAGUUACCACAGAGAUACGCUACAAGAAAAGUGUUUGGGGCAUUGUAAAAAAUAUGAUAGAGAAGAAUGGAUAUGAAGGUGUGAAAGAUUUCUUUAAAUUCAUGGAUUUGCAUCUGAAACAGGAAUGUGAAAAGGAACGAUCAAUACAGACAUUGAGGUCACAAAAUUCUAAACACAAACUGAGAAAGCGUAGAACUAGGUCAAAUGUGUUAAUGCAUAAUAUGAAGGAAAAUCCCAAAAUAAAGGCCACAAGACAUUUAUCGUUAAACGAAGUGGCCAAGCAUCAUCCACCAGUGACACCUCCAUUACCAGUCAGAAAUACUUAUGCCUCUACACAUACAGUGUACAAAGAAGAAGGAUUGUCUAAACUCAAUGCAGAUACUCUAGUCCGAGUGAUUUUAGUUAUAUUAGUUUUGCUAGUGAUAUUCAAUGCAGUUCUGUUCUAUAAGUUAUGGUCCCUAGAAGGUUAUGCCAAUAUAUUGUACUUCCCACAUUCCGAAACCAGUAUUAAUGUAAACCAUGUACCUAAAUCUGAAGAAGAUUGGAUACAACUUCUCAAGCAACAGCAAUCCCUCCAUGCCAGUGAAAUGCAUAAGUGGAAAGAAAUUUUAUCUUCUUCAAUAACCAUGAUAGACCAGAUGAAAUCCUCAUUGAUAAAGUUAUCAGACACAUUAGAGCAUCAAAUAUCACAUGCAGACAUGUAUAGUAGGGCAGCCAAUCAAGAAUAACUUACAGUAUUUCAGCCAAUCAGGAAUAACUUACAAUAGAGCAGCCAAUAAGUAAUAACUUACAGUAGAGCAGCCAAUCAGGAAAAACAUCCAUGUUUAAAUAGAUCAGGGUGUACUGAAAGGGAUGGUGCAUCUUAUUCAACAAAUUCACUAUACACGAAAAAAUGUUAUACAUGUGUAUGUAGAGUAGACACUGGAAUGUAUGAAUUCUUAGGAUUAUACUAAUUCCAUAAGAUGGUUUUUAUUAUAAACCAACCUUUAGAAAUCAGACUUUUCUUAUCUUUAAUAAAUUUUGCAUUGCAAUGUUAAAGAGUUCUCCCUUUUUCAUUGGUAUUUGAAAUUUUAUAAUAAAAAGCCAUACUUUCUGAAUAAAAUAAUUUUUUAUUAAGUACAGUAAUCUUCCUUUUCAGAAUUUGAUACAAAUACCACUUUUUGUCAGCCUACAUGUUGUUUAUUUUUUGGUGAAUUCAUAUUUUGAUUUAUUUCACUGUGAAGGUUUUCAUGGGAGUUGGUGCUUGAUUAAAAUGUAUUUGCAACCAUUCAUUCAACAUCUGAUAAAAUGCUAUAUAUUUGAGAGUUAAUUCUGUCACUAAUAAUUGGGAUAUUAUAGCCAUGUUUUUUUUUGCAAUUUUUGUUGUUAAUAUUGUCAUGAUUGUCAUGUUAUAUAGAAGUGCCAAAUUUUAUUACACACCAAAAUAGAAAAUGCACCAAAAUGUUUAUAUGCACAGAAGUUGACAUUGGUUAUUUAUGUCAGCUAUAUACUUCAUGUUCACAGUGUUGAAGUCCAACUUUAGGCUUUUUGGGGGGUAAAAAAUGUUUAGAAAUAUACAGCUUAUUCAUAUGCUUUAAUGACAUAUCGGGGAUAUUGUGUCAACAAGGCUUGACUGAAAUUCACAUUUUCUGAGAACCUUCUGAUGUUUCAAAAAUGUGAUUAGUUAUGGUAUCGUGCAAUGAUUGUUUCUGGUGAAUUUCAUAUUCUUUAAGCUAUAAAAUUUAAUGCUGUUUUUUUUUUAUUUUGAGCUUCAUGCAAAAUAUUUGGCCGAAUACAUCUAGAAUGUACCUUUUUAUUGGAAACUAUUACUACUUUAGGUGUCAAACUAAUUAGGGGGUGAAUUUCAUCAUGGUUAUUUUGUUAAGCACCAAAAUUUAAUAUGAUAUUGCCUUACAGUACAAGAAUUUAACUCACCUGAAUUGAACUGUGCUACUUUUAAGUUAAACAACCAACAUCACUGGAUUUAUUAUAUUUUAUUGUGACAAUAGCAUUAAAACAAAUAAAAAAAGAUUAAGAAAAACAUAUUGUCAUGCAAAUGGAUCAUUAAUCAUUUGAUUUAUAUAUUGAGUUUAAAAGUUUUGCGACAAAUUCAGAUUUUACUAGAUAUAAGAGGUUUUCAUUUCAUAUUCAGUGGUAAUAUGUGCAGUAGUCAUUUUGCAUCCAAUAAUUUUCAUUUAUCAUAAAGACAUCCCUUGCAAUCAAACCUUACAAAUAUAUGUGCCCCUCCCAUGAUUGUAUGUUGUUUUUGUGUAUAUGUCUUGUACAUAAAAUUCAAUUCAUGUUUUAUUUGUUAGUUUCUGUGAUAGCUAUUAGAAUUACAUCUUUUCUCAGGAGAGGCAUUGAUUGCUUUUUUUUUUAUGUGCAAUAACUUGUUUUAUUGUAUGCUUCAAAGUCAUGUUUUUAUUUGUAACACCAUAGAGUCUCGUGAGAAAAGUGCUGUCUAAUUGUAAUUCCAACAGUCUUUAAAAAUCUUUUUCUGGAAAAUAUUUUUAUAUUUAUUAAUUGUUAUUUAUUAUGAAGAGAUUUGUUGUUAAAAGUUCAUUAACUCUGUCAGUUCUAUUGGCAGGAAAAAAAUAAAAUAUUUUAGAGACUUA